UAAAUGGAUUUGUCAACAAUGUUGGUAAGGUAAACAACCCACAGCAAAAAAUGGAUUGGUGAAUUAUUCAACUUUUAUUUACUUGCAUUAAAAAGAGGGAUCUAACACUCAGUAUAGAUUUCUCUCUUUCCUUUUCUGGCCUUUCAAGAAUUAAGGUAAAAACUGAGAGAGAGAGAGAGAGAGAGAGAGAGAGCGUCCGCUCCUGCGCCCCGCUAAUUUUGGUCCUAAUCCAGAGCUUCACUUGUCCUUUCCUUAAAAAAGAUGAUUCCUUGUACCUCAAAGAACAAUUCCUCUUCCGCAUUCAACUCCAAAUUCUUCUUGCAUCACUGUCCCAACUUGUUCAAGUAGUUCCAUUUCCCAUGAAUUCAAAUCCCCCACACAGAAAUCAACUGAGAAGCUGAAUUUCUUGAAUCUAUCUACCUUCAAAAGAUUCAAUUUUUUUGGUAUGUUUUCGCCUGCUUUUUUCGAUCUCUCCAACUUUGCUCUCUUGCUCUUCAAAAGGGAGCGUAAAAAUUAGAUUUUUAUUCAGGUAGAGAAGCUUGGGGUUUUUUUUUUUUCCUUCUGAUUUGUCUGCAAUUUGGUGGGAAAAUGAGGGAUUUUCCUUCUUGCUUCGGGGAGAGCGGAGUUCAAGUUGCUGAUGCUUCGUGUUCAAGUGUUAUUGUGAGUAAAUCCUCUCAGAAUUCUGUGACUUGCAUGUAUAGGUGUAGGCUGUUUGAUAAAUCUUGCUUGAUUAGCAUUGUUUGGAGCAAGAAUUUGAUGGGGCAAUGCCUUAGUGUUGAGAUAGAUGAUGCAUCUCAUCAAUUUUUAUGCAAAAUGGAUGUUAAGCCCUCCUUGUUCUCAAAGAGGAAAGGCUCCAAGUGUCUGGAGCUGAAUUCUUGUAAAAUUGAAGUGUUUUGGGAUCUUUCUGUGGCAAAAUUCGGAUCAGGGCUGGAGCCGUUGGAGUCGUAUUAUGUAGGAAUUGUGUGUAGAGGAGAGAUGGUUUUGCUCAUUGGGGAUCUGGCAGAAGAGGCAUUCAAGAAAACUGGAGCAGCUGCUUCUAUUUCUAAUGCAAUUCUUGUUGCCAAGAGGAAACAUAUUGGAGGGAAGAGGGUUUUUGGAACCAUGGCCCAAUUCUGUGAGAAAGGCCCGAUUCAUGACCUUAAAAUCGAAUGUGACACAAGGGGCAGUGAUGAUCCAUUUCUUGUGGUUCGUGUUGAUGCAAAAACGGUUAUGCAAGUGCAGCAUUUGCGUUGGAAGUUUCGUGGGAAUUGCACAAUCUUGGUUGAUGAGAUGCCGGUUGAGGUGUUUUGGGAUGUCCAUAGCUGGUUGUUUGGUUCGGGUGUGGGGAGUGGGGUUUUCAUGUUUCAAACGAGUCUAUCAGCGGAGAAACUGUGGAGCAGCCCUUCAGUUUCUGAUCCAUCUGGCUACUCGUGGAGCUGCUCGGAGAGUUUCAAGGAGUCUAAAUCAAAAGGUCUUGGAUUUUCUCUAGUUUUAUAUGCUUGGAAGAGUGAAUAGGUAUACGAUAUUGAUUCUUCCUUGGUUGCUAACAUUUGAUAUUCUUUGAUAGGCUUUUCUUUGAUGGAGAAUUUUUGGUUGCUUCUGUUAUAUAGAAUUGUCAUUUUGUCACCAUAGGAUGUUAGCAAAUCGAUGAUGCUUCAAUUCGUAUCUUUGAGUCAUUUCAUUAAGAAUUUUAUCUUGAUUCCUCGGUCUUUUUGGAAGAACGACUUUGUAAAUUUAGUUUUAUUGACAUGAACCGUUGUAUAAUGUAAUUUCUCUUUCAUACAUUAGUUGACGAUAGAUUCAACCA